AUGUCCUGCAUGCCAUCUACCGGUGACCCCCCGAUCAACGCGCGACCAAAACUCACCCUCCAAACAACCUCUCUUCCUCGCACAUUUGGCACGUCAACAACAGGCCUCUCCAGAUCCUGCACAGUAGCCCCAGGUGCAUCACCGACCGUUGGAAACACCUUUAAAAAUGCAUACGAUAUCACAACCCCCGCCUCUGCAACCAGCUCCCCCUCCAAGGGCCCCAGCCACCGCUUUACCAACAACAAACCUCUCUCACCAUAUGUACACGCCCCCAACAAUAAUAAUCCCUUCAACUACCGUCCCUAUCAACUGCCACUAGGUGUGCGCAGUAUCUUGCGCAACUCCCCUCUCGACACAGCCUCCCGGCGCAGAUCUGGUUCCAUCUCCGCUGGGGCCAGCAGUGGACCCGGGGGCGCAGGCGCUCGCCGGGUCUUCUUUCCUGCUAAGAAAGAAGUCAGCUAUCGAAUCCCACUAGAGGAAGAGAUCCGCACAGAGCGCUACACCGCACAUCAUCUAGAUCUCGUGCAUGAGGAGGAAGAGGAAAACGCAAAGAAGGUGGCAGUGCAACAACACGUAACCCGGGGGCCGGAACCACAACCACGCAACUCCACCGACUCAGAUGCCAACCAGUCUCUGUCGGAGUCCAGUACUUCGGAUGAGGCUAGUGCUGACGAGGGAAUGCCCAAAUCGACGCUAUCCAAGCUUGAACGCAAGAAGAGACGCACUAUGCGCACAGAGCGGCAGGUGCGCGCCGUUGCGCUGCUCGACGGACUAGAAUCGGACCAGUAUAAUUCUUCCACGCCACAGACUCCCCAGGGACGGGUCAAGCGUCGCCGAGAAUGGAAAUGGACGUUGGGACCCAUCAAUACCGAUAUCACUACCAGUUCUGGAAGUGUUUCUUCUGCGACUCCAACACCUGAAACCCCUUCGGUUUCCUCUGCCUCCACCGUGGAUGAACCAAAUCCUGAAACCCAAUCCCUUCAGGAUCAAUAA